AAAUGGAAUUAGAUCCCAGCAUGCUGCAUUUGUCGUGGGAUCAGAUUCCAACAAUGGGAAAUCUAUACACAAUUGUGAAAGAACUAGAUGACAUGUUACUGGAAAAUAAUACUGAAAUUGAUCAUUGCAUGAGCAAUAUCAUGGAAUGCAUCAAUGAUAUUCCACCAAUAGGAAAGCCAAUGAACAACCUCUCUGCGAAUUCUGCCGAAAGCGGAGGAGGAAGUCGGAAUGCUGGCUGCUCUGCUAAAUCAUCAGCUUCUCAAUAUGAUUCGUAUGAAGCCGCAAUUCAAAUGCUUGUUUCUGCCGAUGUACUCGAGAAGAACGCUUGUUUUGUGCCAAGCCAAGAAGACGUGACUCGGGUGUUGCAGCACAUCUUGGAUGCAAUUAAUAGACAUAACUUGACACCUGGACAAUCCGGAAGCGCAUCGUCUGCCGUAGUUGCGGAAUGCGAACAGCAAAUGUUUCUCAGUUUAAUUAAGUUGUCAACGCAUGAAGGGUUUUGCUUGCCGUUCAAACCUCAGAAUUCAUCGUCUGUGUCAGCCCAGGACCCUACAGUGUCAUCACUUAUGGACACGGAAGAGAAAUACAAUGCUGUUUUGUGGCAGCAAAUCUGCAAAAAGUUUGAAUCUUCCUUCAUCAGUUUCUUACAAACGUUGCCAGUUGCGAACAGCUCACCUAUCAAAAACCAGCUUCAGAAACGACACUUUCUACUAGAAGCGCUUUGUACCCUUCUUCCUGUGAAUCAUGUUUGGUCAAAAUAUUGCGCAAUCCGAAUGCAAGACCUACAUAAGCUGACGUCACAGGUUUUGCAUUUUCAACUUGGUCCACGAAGUAAAGUGAACUUCACCAACUUGAAUGACGAAGAUCAAAUAGGCAGUCCACGUUUUGCUGCUGGGCUGCAGGGAAGUGUCGGAACUGCAGGUCAUGAAAUGCAGAUGACCAAUUUCAACCAGUUUGUCAAACUACUGCCUACGUUUUACAACAAAGUUAAACUGAUGGUGGAGGAAGACGAGUUUGUUGUUCUGAGUGAUAUCUUCGGAUCCAAAGUGUCUGUCAGCGAGGUGUAUGCACAGAUAUAUCUGCCCUUCAUCGAAACUCUUCUCAGCAAAAUCUCAGAGCGAGUCCAAUCCAAUUUGCUCCAGCAGCAGUACCAGAAACAGGUGAAUGUGGAAAAUAUUGCGAGUUUGGAUGAAAAGAAGAGGUCUUCAUCCAAGCAGCGAAAAAGCGGAACUGCAAUCGUGGGUGCCAAAAGAAAGGACGAAGAUCAGUCUGCGUCAAACAGAUCUCAGCAAACGCAAACUCAGAGUGCAUUUAGUGAGUUCACUAGCUUCAUGGAUACUUCGCCAUUGAAUGAAGAUCAGUUGCAGACUGCCCACGUACCAACCUUAACUAUGGAAGAGCUGAAGCAAAUAGGCGAAGUAAUUAAGCUAUCAGUUGUAUUCGAAGACUAUCUGUCAGAUCGUGUUAUGCAGCUGAAACUGGAUAGUGUAACGGAUAAACAUGAACAGAGUCCAAAAAUGGUGAAGAGUGUCUUGAAGAACAGGAAUCCUGAGAGUCCGGCGACCUCAUCAACCGGAGUGGUAGUUUCAGGAACUGCAGAUACAGUGGGCUCUGGAGGACAAGGCAGUUCGAGUUCAACUGGAGUUGAGAACUUGUAUAUGCCUGGUCAGUUUUCAGUCGCCGAUACCAUGAGUGUCCAAGUUGACACUGAAGCCGUUACAAAGUAUGCGUACUCUCAACCCCAAGGGAUUGCAGCAAAAGAAAACGCGACUGUGUACAAUGCCCUGGAGGAUCAGGACAUUGGAAGGUACCUUUGGAUAAGAGUAGUUUUGUCUAAUCUGGAACAGCAUCUAUCUAGGAGUCUCAAAAUCCAGCUCACGGGAUAUUCGCACAAAUGUCUGGAAGAUUUGAAAGCUACGUUCGACUCCAAGAACUCAAACAAAACUGCAAAUGUGUGCAAUGACUUCAAUUUUUGUCUCACUUCGACGCCACAAAAGAUACCUCAUCAAGUUAAAUCGUUGCUUGACAUGUAUAACUGGUGUCUGCCCUAUCUCAAAACCUGUCUGUCCGUUGACUCAAUUUGCGCCCCAAUUUUGGACUCCUUUCUGGCGACUGUGAAGGCGCUGUUGGGCGAGAUGAAUCGUCAGUGUAAUUUGGCACCUGAUUCUGCCCCAAUGACUCAGAUGUAUUUGAAUUUUUCGGCGGCCUGGAUUGUGCAUACAUUCAGUAACCACAUCACGAGUGUGAUUGGGGAGAUCCCUCUGCCCAUCAAGUUCCGCUCCUCCUUCUCUUUAGUUCACAAACAGUACUCUGAGUUCUGCCAAGUGCUCAUACAGAAGAUGCGAACGAUGCACGAGAUGAGUGUAUGUGCAAUACUACAAGAUGCAGAGAGCAACAACUACUCGUCACUUCGUCCGCCUCCGACUGACAUCAAUACUGUCUCCAACACAGUCCAAUCCUGGCAUCACUUCAUGCAACAUCAAAUCAUAGAGGACGCCCAUAAGAUUCUGCCGAACGAGGUGGCGACUAGAGUGUCCGCCCACGUGUUGAACAAGUCACUGAACAUGUGGCUGCUGCGCUUCUCUAGUGUGAAGCCAUCGCACAGCAGAGUUCACCAGAUGAGGAGUGACAUCCUCAUGAUACUUCAUCAUACCAGUGGUCUGCUAUUCGCCUGUACAAACAGACUGAAGAGUUUGCUGUAUGACGACAGCUGGGUGGUGCUGAACUCAGACCACGAGGACAUACAGGCCAUACAUACCUCAUGCAACUCACUUCUGGCCAUACUUGUGACUGUGACCUCUCCUAUGGACAAUCUCUACAAUGCGGUCAUCAUUGACAACUACCCAAUCAUUGUGCCAAAUCAUCCCCAACCACCAAUGAACGCUCAAGCAGCUUUUACCCAAUCACAGUUGAGCAUUUCGGCGUUCAUGGUUGAUUCGUCGCAGCAGGGGGGCAACAGCAGCAGUAGUGGGAGUAGGAACGAGGGAUUCCUCACACAGUGGAUGAAAGUGGUGGCACCCGAAGUGUUCCAGUUUGCAAAGAGACCCAUCACACCCUUCGAGAUAGAGAAACCAGAGUCCUUGGUGAUGCUGAGUGCGAGACUGAGUGUGUCGUCGGAAAACGUCAACCCAGUGGCACUCCUCACCUCUCUUCUCAUGCACGACUACAUGUUGCCCAAACUCAUGCUGAAGCAGGCCCCCAAUUUCAACGUGUCAGCUGGAGGGUCCUCGGAGACGCAAGCAAGUGCUCAGAGGAGACUGUUCGCAGCACCCUACACCUCUGUGACCUGUCAGGGAGUGCACUGUGUGAGUGACAUCUGUUCUCUCUCCAAUGCAUUUCCCAUCAUUGAUCUAGUGAGGCCAUUCGUGACUGUGCUUAAUCAUGUGGGCUUCAUCUGUCCAAAUGCACUGGCAGACUCUUUGCUUCCCAUCAUGAAUGAACAUGGAGACAUCAGUAACUUUCUGAAGGGAGACCCCCUGAAGACAACAGGAUGGGCCAACAUCUACCUCCUCCUCUCUCCCAUUGUGAAGGAGCUGCUGCAGAACAGUCUCCUCUGUCUGUUCGAGACAUCCGCACCGCCUGUCUCCACUACCCUCCCAAUGUACUCGGCAGGAUCUUUGGGGGAGCAGCCUUUUUAUCAGAGUCUAGGUGAGCUGCCGUGUGGGUGUCGACUGAGGAACAGCAGAAGCAACACCAACAACUACAACAGUAGCAGCAGUCCCGCCAGUCCCUCAUUCCUCACAGCUGCUGCAGCUGCCUCCGCCUCACCAUCUUACUCCGAGAGAGUGUACGAGUGUGUGAGUGAGUACAUGAGACUGCUGUCCACUGUCAUCUACUCCCUCUCGCCCGCUCUGCUCGCAUUCUUCUCCCAACUGGACAGACUGUGCAUGGAAGAGGCGGCAGACUACUCAGUGCCCAACCACUCCCUCCUCCUCUAUGUCAUCUGCAGGUGCACCAUCCACUACAUCAAGAACCAGGCAUCCACCACACAACUCAACUCAACUUCUGCUGCUGCUGCUUCCCACUCACGUCACGUCCUAUCAAAUCACGUCCUAUCAAAUUAUAACUCAACACACUAAUCUAGUUUACAUUUCUAAAAGCCUCGGUACUACUAUGAUAGAGUGGUCCCUUGACAAUAACCAGGUCCCUUGAGAAUAAGACACCUAGAGCUCUCAAAUCCUUGAAUAAUUAUGAUUGAGCCCUUCAGAAAGAUGUCGCAGUAUAUUUUCAUAAAUUUUAUGUUUUGUUAUCUUAUAAAACCUCCCCCUAACCAUUUUAAAAAUAAAAAUCUAAAAAAAACCGCCAAUAGUGGGUUUUGAUGGCAAAUAAGUCAACCCAAUCAUAUGGUUGUUAAACCGUAAAAUAAAGUAAAGCGAGCAAAUUUCAAUAUAUAAACAAUAGUGAUUAAAAUUU